UGUAUGGUUUGUUUUGUACGCGUUUCAUAUUUUAAGUUUCACAACUUUUCAAAAAAAAAUAUUUAAAAUUUUAAUUUUAAAUUUAAUUACACCGUGAUGCUUUAGAUUUAUACCGUAUUAUUUACUUCAUUAAUGAUUAUACUAAAUAUAUAAUGACUUAUCCCUCCCUGUCAAAAUAUUGUCAACAUUGUCCUGUCAGAAUAAUUAAAAUAACUACAUUUUUAGAAAUGAAUGAAGGUUUAAGCAAUAUAUUUGGCUAUAAACCAGAUGAUAAUGAAGAUUAUUAUGGAAUCUUGGGCUGUGAUGAGCUGUCAUCUAAAGAUCAGAUAACAGCAGAAUACAAGGCUCGGGUUCUACACUGCCACCCAGACAAACAUCCAGAUGAUCCAGUCAAAGCUGCGGUGUUUGAAAGGAUUCAGACAGCCAAGGAUGUACUGUGUGAUGAUGAGAAAAGAGCAUUGUAUGACAAAUGGCGACAUGCUGGUAUAUCAAUGCCAUUCAAGCAAUGGUGCAAUCUGAGAGGAGCUGUACACACUUCAAUGCACUGGAUGAGUCCAAAGAAAGAGAGUAUGUUAGAGGGUGCAGAGGAAUGCUCUAGUAGAACACAGCCACACCCUGAUCAGACUGGCGGACAGAUGGGUGACCAUAGUACCUCACAAUCAACAUAUAUAUCUAGUCAACUUAAUCAUAGUAAAACAGGGUUUACAGACCUUUAUGAGAAGAAAGUACCAUGGAAAAGAGAUGAGCCAUCAGAAAUGCUGCGCAAAUUCAGAAAUUAUGAGAUCUAAAAACAUACACAUAUGCUAGCUGAUAAACAUUCAAGUACAUAAAUAGAUAAUUGCAUUUUAUUUAAAGUAUUAUUGCUUUGUACUCAAACUCAGUAGAUCUGAGCAUGUUUAGAGAUAAAAUAUAUUAUCAGUCAAGUGUCAAGACAGUGUUGGUGGUACUAUUGCAAGGAAUAUUAUACAUUCAGAUACAUUGACAUAAUAUAUAAUGAGUAGAUAUCAUCCAUCACCUGUCCCAUCACAGUAAGGAUUAUGCUUUUUAAAAGUAGUUUCAGUCUUAAAAAAUUUCAGUAGAUUUAAUAAUUUUGCCCCAUUCAAAGAGGAGUUGGUGUAUUUUUUUGCUGCCACUUGUCAGUCCAUGGAUGGACACUUCAGUUUCCCAUCAGUUAAUAAUGAAUAUUGUGGUCAAUGGUGGUCAAACUGCAUAGGAUGACUGCCUGUCAGAGGUCAAGGUCAGAAUGACCUUGCAACUGAAAAUAUUUACCAACGGAUAACUGGAGAAUGUUUAGACCUAGAGGAGUCAAAGUGCAUAAGAUGAUUGUAGGUGGUCACAAAAUGACCCUUAAAGCUCAGUGACCUUGAGACUGAAAACAUUUUCCGAUUAGUAACUAGAGAAUGUUUGGCUUACUUUCAUCAGACUUCAUAAAAUGAUUAUGUUCGGUCAUAGAGUUAUUGUGUUUGGUUACUAGAUUACCCCUAUUGCCUUGAGAUAAGUAGGUCAAAGAUCAAGGUCAUAGUGACCUCGAGAUCAAAAAAGAACAUGCUUUGGUCUAGGAUUAUCAACUGCCUGUGAUCAGAAGAUGACUCCUAAGGCUUUUAUGGGUCAGUACAUCAAAGGUCAAUGUUACAGUGACCUUCAGGCUAAAAAUUGUUUUUGAUCAAACGCUUAAGAACGCUUAUGCCCAAGGUCAUUAAAAUUCAUAGCCUUAUUGUUUAUUGUCAGUGUAUGUCCUGUGUAGUUUUGUCAGGUGGUCAAAGGUCAAGGUCACAAUAACCUUGAGACUAAAAUGUUUAAGGAUUUAUGUACCUCAAGACGGCUUUUACAUACGGUCAUCAAACUUGAUGGUUAUAAUUGUUUAAGAUCAGACAGUCUGUAGGUCAAAGGUGAAGGUCACAACUUACUCGUACACUAAGCUAUUAUUGACAGACAAUCAUGGGGGAUGGGACAUCAAUUAUUUACAAACACCUCUUGUUAAAACUGAAAUUUGAAAGAUGCUUGUGCUUUAAUAAAUUGUAGAAUGAUUAUUUUCAAACCAUGGCUGAGGCCAUGUUUAUUGUCUAAGAUAAGGCUUCUGAAAAUUAGACACAAUUACGAAGUUAGUGGACAUCCCAUUGCCUACUGUUUAUCAGUACAAGUAAGGCAGUUUAAGAUAUUUUAAAAUGGUCUUCAAAGUUUUAUAGUUACCACAGGUACAGUUAUGCUUAAUAUGGUGAAUGUUUGUGAUAUUAAUUGAUUAAUUGUGUCAUUGUAUUUUAUUCAGCUGAUUCAUUUCUCCAUUUGAUACUAUCAGUGUUAAGCAUAUACUGUUUUUAAGGGCAAAUCAAACUAGGUAUCAUGUACGUGCAUUUUGUAGUAGUGAGUUUUAAAAUGCCAGUUAAUACCUCAACAUGGUUAGAAUGUCAUGCUUAUGUAAGAAAACAUUUUAGUUAAUUAAUUGAUGCUGCCUUUUCAUCUAGUAUAGCAAUCCAGAAACAUUCGAGAAUACAGAUCUUCAAGUUCUAGUUUACAGUCAACCAAAUUUAUUUACAAUCAUGUUUUUUGAAAACUUGAUUUGGAACUUUGAAUAAGAUUUACCUUGUUACUGAUCAAACUUUGUCAGAUGUAUAGUGCUAUUCUCUUAAAGCAUAAAUGUUUUUAGGUUCCAUAACUCAUUACCUGCUGUGAAAUCAUACCGGGUCAAUCUGCAAUGUAACAUUUGUAUUCAGUUUAUGUUAAAAAGUUGAAAUCCACAAAAUCGUAUCCCCGCAAAAAAGCUAUGAUUUCACUGCUAUUAGUUGUUUGUUUGUAAAGCCCAUUCCAUUUUUCUAGUCAUACACAACAGUAUUUGUCUUAGUCAAGUCAUAUUAUUUGAUGAGUAUGUUUCACAAUGGCUGCUUAUUUAAAAAAAUAGUAUAUUGCAUGAGAUAUCAAUAAUAUCUUUUACACAAUGGAUGAUAAAUAUAUUUACUGUACUAUAAUCAUACUACUUACAAAUGUAUAUUAAGAAAAUAAUUGUAUGUUUUUCAGUGAAAAUAGUUUUCACUGGAUAAAAAAUAUCAAAUGUACAAAAUUUGAUUACACACUUUGAAAAAUAUCAAAUAUCAAGAAAAUAUCUUUUAUUCCUAAACUACAAAUUGUACAUUUUCAUUAAUGGCUACAUGAUUCAGUGAAAAUAUUAAAUCCUGUGUUGCUAGAUGAAAAAUAUUUUGGUUGUACUGUGAAAUAAACACAAUGCCACUAUGUCAUAUCUAUACAUAGUUAUGAUAUUUAUUUUUGUGCUUCCGUUCUUUACGUUUACAUCAUACAUAGGUAUUUUUUUAAGAUAUUUUAAAUACAAUGUUUGUUUGCAUAUUACCUUUGUUAAUGUUUUUUCACAUAUUUGUUGUAUUAACUCAUCUGAUUUUUUGAAAAAAAUGAUGAGUUAUUGUCAUCACUUGAUUGGCAUCAGCAUUGGCGUCGGCGUUGCCUGGUUAAGUUUUAUGUUUUGGUUAGCUUUUCUCCUAAACUAUCAAAACUGUUGCUGUAAAACUUGCAACACUUGUUCACCAUCAAUAGCUGACUCUGUACAGCAAGAAACAUAACUGCAUCCUGCUUUUUGGAAGAAUUAUGUCCCCUUUUGGACUUAGAAAAUCAGAUUUCUUGGUUAAAUUUUGUGUUUAGGUCAGCUUUUCCCCUAAACUAUCAAAGCUAUUGCUUUAAAACUUGCAACUCUUGUUCACCAUCAAAAGCUGACUCUGUACAGCAAGAAACAUAACUCCAUCCUGCUUUUUGCAAGAAUUAUGGCCCCUUUUGGACUUAGAAAAUGUCAGAUUUCUUGGUUAAAUUUUGCAUUUAGGUCAACUUUUUCCCUAAACGGUCAAAGCUCAGCUAUUGCUUUAAAACUUGGAGCAGUUAUUUGCCAUUAAAAGCUGACUCUGCACAGCAAGUACUGUAACUCUACAUUGCUUUUAGCAAGAAUUAUGAUCCUUUUAGACUUUGAAAGUCAUGGGUAAGACAAUAUUUCUAUUAUACAGAGACAAAAAAAUCAGAUGAGUGUCUGCACUCGCAUGGCGGUGUUCUUGUUAUUUUUGGCAUUCCAUUUGUAAUAAACUUGUCAUACUCAAUAUAUUACAAGUAGUAGGACCUUCAAAAAUUUUAAUACCAUCACAUUCCAGAUGUUGUUUAUUAAAUGCUGAUUAAUAGCCAUGAAAAUCAUCUUUUCUUUUAUGACUUUCAAUAUUGAUUGUAAAUUUUAUCUUGACCCUUACACAAUCAGUAAGACCAAUUAUUAUGAUGUAAUAUUUUUUAAGAUUGAUAAUUCUUUUCAUUGUAAUUAUUUAUUCACCAAAAUUGGUUAUAAUUUUCGCAGAUUUUAGUGUGAUAAACACUUCAGAUUUUGAGUUAUUUUGUUGAUCAGUUGAUGACUGAAUAUUCGAAUAAUCAUUCGGAAGGAUGACCAAAUACUCAAAUACCAGAAAUGCUAUUCAUUGCCAUCCCUAUUUAUCAUGAACAUAAGAUAUUGAAAAUUCUUGUUAAAUAUUAUUUUCAGCAGUUGUUUUCUCAUGUACAGUGCGUUCUGAGAAUAUCGAACACCUUCUGGAAUGAAUCUUCAAUAAUAAGUAUUAUUGUUUUCUCAUGUACAGUGAACUCUGAAAUUAUCAAACACCUUCUGGAUUGGACCAAGAAAUUCAAUAAUUGUUUUCUCAUGUACAGUGAACUCUGAAAUUACCAAACACCUUCUGGAUUGGAACUUUUGAUAAUUGUUUUCUCAUGUACAGUGCACUCUGACAAUACCAAACAUCUUCUGGGUCAGAACUUACAAUAACUAUUUUGUCACGUAGAGUGCAUUCUGAAAUUUCUCAGGCAAAGAAGUUAUAGGAAUGGUCUCCGUCCGUCCGUCUGUCAGUCCGUAACAUUUCAUGUCCACUCUGUAUCUCCUAAACCCCUUGAAGGAUUUUCAUGAAACUUGGGUCAAGUGAUCACCUCAUCAAGAUGAUGUGCAAAACCCAUAAGUCAACCAUGUUGGCCCAAGGUCAAGGUCACAACUCAAGGUCAAAUGUUUGAGCAUUCCAUUUCGUGUCCGCUCUGUAUCUCCUAAACCCCUUGGAGGAUAAUAAUGAAACUUAGGUCAAAUGAUCACCUCAUCAAGAUGAUGUGCAGUACCCAUAAAUCAGCCAUGUCAACUCAAGGUCAAGGUCACCACUCAAGGUCAAAGGUUUGAGCCUUCCAUUUUGUGUCUGCUCUGUUUCUCCUAAAACCCUUGGAGGAUAAUCAUGAAACUUGAGUUAAAUCAUCACCUUAUCAAGAUGAUAUGCAGAACUUAUGAGUCAUCCAUGUAGGCUUAAGGUCAAGGUCACAAGUCAAGGUCAAAGGUUAAGGCCUUCCAUUUCGUGUCUGCUCUGUAUCUCCUAAACUGCUUGAAGGAUUUUCAUGAAACUUGGGUCAAAUGAUCACCUCAUCAAGAUGAUGUGCAAAACUUAUGAGUCAGCCAUGUUGGCUCAAGGUAAAGGUCACAACUCAAGGUCAAAUGUUUGAGCCUUCCAUUUUGUGCCCGCUCUGUAUCUCCUAAACCACUUGAGGGAAUUUCAAGAAACUUGGGUCAAAUGAUCACCUCAUCAAAACGAUGUGCAGAAUUUACGAGUCAGUCAUUUCGGCUUAAGGUCAAGGUCACAACUCUAGGUCAAAUGUUUAAGCCUUCCAUUUUGUGUCAGCUCUGUAUCUCCUAAACUGUUUGAAGGAUUUUCAUGAAACUUGGGUCAAUUAAUCACCUCAUCAAGACGAUGUGCAGAACUUAUGAGUCAGCCUUCUUGGCUCAAGGUCAAGGUCACAACUCAAGGUCAAAGGUUUAAGCCUUCCAUUUUAUGUCUGCUCUGUAUCUCUUUAACCCCUUGAAGGAUUUUAAUAUGACUUGACUGUAAUAUUCCAUUUAUCAAGACAAUAUGCAGAAUUUAAAAUUCACCCCUGCCAGCUUAAGGUCAAGGUCACAACUCGAUUGUUUAAUGGUUCCACCCAAUACCAUAAACCCUUUCACUAUCCAUAACAAUAAUGCCUUGUUAAAUUUUUAACCCAUUCAUCAAAAAGUGUUUGGUAUUCAGUUUUCUGGGAGUUCAGUAUUGUGAAAGGGAACCACAUUAAUACAAUUGGGACCAAAGUUGGGACUACUUACAUUGUACAGUUUUGGCAAUUUUUUUAUCUCACUUGUUCCUGGGGUGGUUUCCUUUCAGAUUCCUGUAAAUCUAUGUCAUACCUGCAGAAUUCUGAUUGCCAUGGCAACCAAAAGGAAAAGCUUUAAGAAUAUUCUUUUAAGAAACUGCUGACUCAGUUUUAAGAUAAUUUCACAGACAUUUUUCUUGCGUGGGGCUUUAUCGAAAGUGUUCAAACAAGCAGUGUAACUCAGGUGAACGAUUUAGGGUAAUCACUGCCCUCUUGUAACAGUGUUCAGUUUUUUUCAGAGUACACUGUAAUUGUCAAAGGUUCGAAUAUUUGAUUCAAUUGAACAACUUUUACUUUAAGGUUUGUGGUUAAAGAUAUAACUGUCUGUCACAUUUGCAUUGUUAUUUGUUGUUAAAUGUGUUAAUGUAGAAUUUCGACUGUUGUUAUAAAAUGCACAAAAAUAA